CUUUCCCCAGAUUGUGAUAUUCUAUCUUCUUUAAUCUUUAUUCCCCUCCACAGUUUGAAGAUUCAGAAAUGAAAGAGGCAAGCUUUGUAUCACCCAUUUCUCCAAUGAUAACCCACAUGAUCUGCAUCCUCUUCUUUUCCUUCCUAGUCAGAAAAUCCUGUGGUGUGGACGACCCACAGUUCCUAAGGUGCAGAGUUCCCCAAAACUGUGGUGAUGGCCAAAACCUAACAUUCCCCUUCUUCAUCCAAGGUACCCAGCGGGAAAACUACUCUUGUGGCCACCCUGGAUUCCCGAUCUCUUGCAACAUCAAUGGCCAACCCACUUUCACCAUAGUCGAUAGCAACUACUCCAUCCACAAAAUUUUCUACAAAAACCAGACCAUUCGCGUCUCAAACGCUAUCUUUUCUAAUUCAAACACCGAUUGCAUUCCUUUAAUAAAAAACAUAUCCUUUCCUCUUGUCCGAUUUGAGCUAGCACCAAAACAGAGGAAUCUAGUUCUGCUUUAUAAUUUCAGCAACAACUCUUCGGCACUGCCAGGUGAUUUACAGUUUUAUGACGGUUGUUAUGGGGAAAAGGUUCUGGCCCUGUCUGAAGACGACCCGAAGCUGAAGGACGUGUCAAACAAGUGCAAAACUCGGGUGGUAGCUCCCGUUGAAGCUGCUGCUUAUGGGGGUGAGAAUCACGAUGAGAUUAGAGGGGUCCUGGGAAAUGGGUUUUGGCUGAAAUGGAAGGCCAGCGACUGCAGUAUUUGCGAGGAUAGUGGAGGGAUUUGUGGGUCCAAGCUCGACAACAACAGUAACGUCCGUUUCCAGUGCUUCUGCGCCGAUAGACCUCACCAUGUUCGCUGUAGUAUCCCCGGGAGUAACAAAACGAUACUGGCGACAGCAGUAGCCGCUUUAUCUGUUGGAAUUGGAGCUGUGAUGGUUGUAAUCUACUACUUUAGGAGAAAGUACUUACCCAAUAAAAUUAUUUAUUUUUGGAAGAAGGAAAGUCUAAACCAUCAGGCCGUCGAGGACUUUUUAAGAAACUAUGGACCUAUUGCUAUUAGAAGAUACAAUUAUUCAGAAAUCAAGAGAAUGACCAACUUCUUUAUAGAUAAAUUAGGUGAAGGAGGUUAUGGUAGUGUUUACAAGGGAAAGUUAGACGAUGGAUGUCUUGUGGCAGUGAAGGUUUUGAAAGAAUCAAGUGGUAAUGGAGAGGAAUUCAUUAAUGAAGUUGCAAGCAUUAGUAGGACCUCCCAUGUCAACAUUGUCUCUCUUAUGGGCUUUUGCUUUGAAGGUUCUAAAAGAGCUCUUAUCUAUGAGUUUAUGCCUAACGGAUCUCUCGAGAAGUUCAUAUAUAAAGAAAGUUCUUCAAAGGCUAAUCGACAAUUGGAAUGGGAGACAUUAUACAAGAUUGCACUUGGCAUUGCUCGAGGAUUAGAGUACUUACAUAGAGGUUGCAACACACGAAUAUUGCAUUUUGAUAUAAAGCCUCAUAAUAUUCUUUUGGACGAGAGCUUCUGCCCAAAGAUUUCUGAUUUUGGCCUUGCAAAAAUAUGCCCUAGAGAAAAGAGUAUCAUAUCAAUGUUGGGUGCAAGAGGGACUAUAGGAUAUAUAGCUCCAGAAGUAUUUUGUAGAAAUUUUGGAGGAGUAUCUCACAAGUCAGAUGUUUAUAGUUAUGGAAUGAUGGUUUUUGAAAUGGUUAGGGGAAGGAGAAUAGAUGUCAAGAAUGAUAGUACCAGUGAAAUAUUUUUUCCGCAUUGGAUUUACAAGCGCCUUGAACAAGAUGAAGAUCUAGGACUGCAGGGCCUUAUGAAUGAAGAGGAUCACGAAAGUGCAAGGAAGAUGAUAAUAGUGAGUUUAUGGUGCAUACAAACUGACCCUUCAAAUCGGCCACCAAUGAGUAGAGUUGUAAAUAUGUUUGAAGGGAGCCUUGAAUACUUGCAAGUGCCACCCAAGCCUUUCUUGUUUUCGCCAUCAAGAUCAGAAGAUUAUUAGACAACAACGAGGUCACUACAGCAUGAUUAUGUAAAGCCCUAAAAUGCAUAUUUUCUUUAAAAGGAAAUUAUAAUGUUGUGUAGUAACUAGCAUCUUUUGAAGGAAUUGCUUCAAUUGCUUCAAUUAUUAGCUCGUGGAUGCUUAUUACGUCUUUUGUGAGUCCAAUCAAUAUUUAAUCGAGUCUUUUUGUAAGAAAUGGGAACUCACUACAUAGUCUGAAGAAAUUAUAGGCGAAGACUCAAGACUUGCUGCUCUAUUAGCUGAAAAGAUUGCGCAGGAAACAAAGGUUUCUAUGAAGACCUUACUGGGAACAGAGCAAAUUUUUUUUUCUUCCAUUUUUGGCCAUAAUUUCUGCCUUGAUUUGAU